CUGCAGAAAUUUUUUUUUUGCCACCACAUGGCAAAUGAGCCAACAUUGGAUUCACAAAACCAAAUUAAUGCGACCAUCAUAGCCUAACAGUAAUCCAAAAGGAUGCCCAAAGGAAAAAAGAAUUCUAGACGACAAUCAAUUCCAACCACUUCACAUGAGGCAGAUGUCAAAAUAGGGGCCACAGAUCAUUUCAGCAAGUCAACCAAACCAAAGCAUAAAGGUAAACAUAAGACAGCACAAGGAUCGAAGGAGGCGGCUCCAGUCAAAUCAGACUACAUUGAUAAAGAGCUGUAUGUAUUACAUAGACAUGGCUAUAUCUGUCUCAUGGGUCAUUGGAUCGAAAGAGCUGCUAAGGAAGCGCUGAUACAUGUUCCACAACACGCAAUUGAGAAUCGAAAGCGCAGAGAUGGAAAUCCUUUUCAUCUCACGAUAUGCAAAGCGAAGGAAACUACUUCACAAAUGCGUCAGAGGACCUCCCUCAAAGGCAUGACAGCCUUAGCAAACCGCAGUCGGCCACCCAUAAAUCUUGGGUUAGGGAUGGUGAAAGAUAAUGCGACAUCCACAAGAUCUUGGUACUGCAGCAUUAGUUGGGCUGGCGGGCAGCAAAUAAGAAGUGAGUAUGGACUGCCACCAAAAGACUUUCAUCUCACUCUGGGCUUCGACGUCAAGGACCAUCAUGUGCACAAAGGUCCCUCAACGCUACUUAUCCAUAGCUCCAUAACGACAUCACUCAUUUUAACCAAGGAACAGAUAGAAGGUCUCAGAGAGGCUGCUAUCAUUGAAGCACAAACAUCAGCAGAACGUAGCCAUAUCAGUUUUGGUUUAGCGUUAGCGCAAGCUGAACUGGCUGAAGAUGAAGUCCUGAUCUCAAAAAUUAAACUGUCCAUGGAGUCCGUAAAAACAGCAGAUCAUACAAAGGAAGAUCAAAACAACUCAUUGGGAUAUGGAUCAUAGUAAACAUUAGCAUAUUUCCCAAGAGGAACAUAAGUUGUAUAUAUUGCAGAAGUAACCUCGUGAAUAAAAUGACAUGUAGAUUUAUCAAACACGCCAAAGCGUUUUACGAUG